UCUGUAUCUUGUUUUGUAGUUGUUGGGAUUAAAUAAAACUAAUUUAUUCACUCACUCACAUCAUGUCUUUCAUGUAACACAUAAAUCUAAUGAAUAGUCUUUUUGGAGUUCCCCAUGCGCUCCAGUAAACAGCGCCUAAUAGGGGUGGUCCAUCUCGUUUCGGCGAUCAGUCCACUAACCGCCCUGCCCACCUUGAAAGCCCCGCUGCUCCAGUCCCGAUGACCAGUAGCCCACACGAGUGAGUGCAGAUCUACGAUUGGAAGAACAUCUGGAAAAAAGAGAAACCACUCCUCCUGCAAUCAUAUAUAAUCACGUCCUGAUUUAGUGACAAGGCUCAUCAAGCUCUUUCAAGAUUUGCUCUUUCACAGCAGUUCUAAGUCAACAUUAUGGCAUGCAUUUUUGGAAAUAUCAUGAAAAUAGACACCACCGGUGCAUCACAGGCAACAGCAAAUCAAGACAGAUUAACCGUAAAUGGUGUUGAAGCCUCCAAAAAACUGGCUGAGAAUGAUCUGACCCGGAUGGAGAAAUACAAGAGCAUGAUCACCAAAGUUGGCAGAGCAAAGCAGAUGGACCCGGCUGUGAUUGCUGCCAUCAUAUCCAGAGAGUCCAGAGCUGGAGCCGCUCUAGAGGAUGGAUGGGGUGAUCAUGGCAAUGCCUUUGGCCUCAUGCAGGUCGACAGACGCUACCACACUCCAGUAGGUACAUUUGACAGUGAGCAGCAUAUCACACAAGCUACUGAGAUACUCACUAGCUUCAUUAAAGAAAUGAAAGCAAAAUUUCCUAUGUGGUCCCAAGAGCAAUGCUUUAAAGGGGGAAUAUCAGCCUACAACGCAGGUGUGAGUACAGUCGGUUCAUAUGAGAAUAUCGAUGCCAGAACCACAGGACAAGACUACUCCAAUGAUGUCGUCGCCAGAGCCCAAUGGUUCAAAAGCAAGGGUUACUGAAGAACAUAUAGCCUAAAACCUGUAAAACCCUUGCAUUAGUGGAAUGAGUACAACAACUCAAGAUUUUGAGUCUUCAUUUUUUUAUAUUAGGCCUAUGGUAGUGGUAUAGUUAGUUAAAUAUUAAACAUUG